AUGAUGUCCCCAAGGAGUUUCCUUUACUACAAUAGGCAGCCCUCGGCCUUGACCACACCUUCAUCACCCCCUCCCUUCUCAUCGUCCCUCACGCCCAAACCGACCAGCAACAGCAGCUACGACACCAGUUCCAGCUCGACUCCCGCCAAGACGACGACAACCACCCCGACCAACUCUUCUUUCAGAACGGCUCUGCCUUCUGCCCUGCCGGAUCGGAAAAAGGAUGCCCAGAACGUCUCCGUCACCGUCAAAACUAUCCUUGCUACUCCCACUGCCACCUCAGCUACCAUGGCCAAAAGGAAGGAUGCUCGUCGCGAAACGUCUAAGCUGGCGCCUUCGAGCCCUCCCCGGACAACCACCAGCGUAACCACCCGGCCGACCACGCCCACCACGCCGGUUCAGAUUCCUUCCAAGACCAAGUCGAAUACGUUUCACGCCUCUCAUCGCCAUGCUCAACGGAAGCCCCCCCGCCCAAGGGAUGUGCACUCGCCAGAUGCCGUCCCCCCUGCUAUGCUGGCUCUGCUGGCCGUCACCGACAUCCCCAGGCCCCGCCGAAGCUUGAGGCAGAGGCUGGCCAGAGACCAGGCCAUGACCCUUGAGGCUGUCAUUGAGAGACAGCAAGUGUGCGAAAAGGAGCUGAGCCUCACCUUCGGGAGCAAGAGCCCCAUGGACUUGUUGCUCUCGCCCCCCGACGACCUGACCGACGACGACAUGUCCAUCAGCGAUGGCGGUCUCGGUUCCGUUCUCUCUACUAGAACAGUGUCGAUGGAGUCGGUGCCCUCCUUGGGUGAUUCCUUCUCGACUGACACCUUAUCGUCCGUCGGCUCGCCUUACGGAUCCAGCCCGCGAAGGAAGCGGUCUCGCCAGCCCCGGCGCUCUCUGGAGCCCGUCUCGUCCCCUCCCGGUCAGCCCGAGGACCACCCGUUGUCUCGCGACCGGACCGACAUGGACGAUGUCGACUUCGGAGUCUUUGACGAAUCCCAGGACGAGGAAGACACCAAGUCGGAGUUCUCCUUUUCCGACUACUCGUUCCCUCUCCGCCCCCUCAAGUCGGCCUUCAAGUCCAACCUGACUGCAUCACUGCGCGCACUGCGCUCGGCUGCGCGGUCCAUUUCGGCCAUCAACUUCUCGUCGAUUCCGCCCGACGACUUCCUCACCAGGUCCAUUCUCACAAUCGACCCCAAGGUGCCGUACACGGAUGAGCGCCGACCGCCGGUACUGGAAGAGGAGCCGUCUGCCGCAUUGCGUCGAUACCUGAACCCCACGACCAACGCUCGGAUUGAGCCCCACUCGACCACGGCCACGCCUGCCGGAACGCGAAGCUUUACUGCCUCGAUCCAGAUGCAGACGUACAAGGUACAGCGAAGCCGCAGCGCACCGCCCACAUCAGCCCGGGGCCCCUCUCCGACGACAUCGGCGGGCAUGACUCAGUCAACACCUUAUCAGCCACCAGCCCAAACUCCAAACCAGACAGCAUUUACGUAUCCCCCUGGAGGCAUGCGGCAGCGGGAGAUGCGGGAGAACUCGGACUUUAUUCGCAUCGCCGUCAUGGAGAUGGCCAUGCGGAAGCAGGGCAAGCUCGACGACCAACGACCGGGCCGCGCCCGCUGGGCUUUGCCCCCACGAAAAGGCAGCGUACGGGCUUACGAAGUCGGCCCCGACGGCGUCCCGGCGCGCUGGAUCCCGGUGUCUCAGUCGUGA